AGCCGGGCGGUGAGCACCAACGGACAGACGGACGGACAGGGUCUGACACUGGUUCCGUUACCACCCCCUUCGGUCCGAGCAAGACUUCUUUCACCAGAAGCACCUCAGUUUAACUGGAGCUUUCAGAGUGAUCCAAAACAGCGGCGGCGGCGCAGGGUCCCAGGCACAGCCGCCGUGGGCACCGAGCUCAGUGUCCACCCCGGCGCCAUGGCGCGGGAGGAGGCGUGCAGGGAGGAGCCCAGCUAUGACCGGAUGGCAACCCUGGAGCGGGGACGGCCCGACGUGGGGAGCUACGCGGAUGCCAAGCCCGGCGACCUGCAGCUGUCCUCGAGGCUGCCCCCCUGCUUCAGUCACAAGACGUGGGUCUUUUCCGUGCUGAUGGGGGGCUGCCUGCUGGUGACCUCGGGCUUUUCGCUGUACCUGGGAAACGUGUUUCCUUCCGAGAUGGACUACCUGCGCUGCGCCGCGGGUUCGUGCGUUCCCGCAGCCAUUGUGAGCUUCGCCGUUUCCAGGAGGAACGUCAGUGUGAUCCCCAGUUUCCAGAUGCUGUUCGUCUCUACGUUUGCUGUGACCACCACGUGCCUGAUCUGGUUCGGCUGCAAACUGGUCUUGAACCCGUCAGCAAUAGACAUAAACUUCAACCUGAUCCUGCUGCUGCUGCUGGAGCUGCUCAUGGCGGCCACUGUGAUUGUCUCCGCAAGGUCCAGCGAGGCGCCGGGCAGGCACAAGGGUCCUGUCUCUGACAGCAGCAGCAUGCUGUAUGAAGUGGCCUUUCCUGUGCGGGUCCUGAAAUCCUACUCAGUCAUUGAGGUGAUUGCCGGUGUCUCUGCAGUCCUGGGUGGGGUCAUUGCUCUGAAUGUAGAUGACGCCGUCUCCAGCCCGCACCUCUCGGUGACCUUCUUUUGGAUCUUAGUGGCCUGUUUUCCAAGCGCCAUCGCCAGUCACGUGACGGCAGAGUGUCCCAGCAGGUGUCUGGUGGAAGUGCUGAUGGCCAUCUGCAGCCUCUCGGCGCCAUUGCUGUUCACAGCCGCCGGGUACCUGACCUUCAGCGCGAGGAGGGUCAUGGAGGUGUUUGAAGAUCACCCGCCUGCCCUCAAGUCCCGGGACGUGCUCCUGCUGCUGCUGAUGCUGGAGCUGCUGCUGCAGGCGGGCCUGCACACGGGCACCGUCGUCCAGUGCGCCGGCUUCAAGGCGGCCGGCCCCCAGGAGCGCCCCGCCGCCCAGGUGGCCCGGACCCCCCUGAAGGAGUUUGACAAGGAGAAAGCCUGGAGAGCCGUGGUGGUGCAGAUGGCCCAGUGACGCUGUCGCCCCAGUGAUGGCUGUGCCCAGGUGCCCGUAGCCCCAAACUGCUACCUUGUAACCCCUUCCUGCGGUGAGGCCGCCGGCUGCCAGGUGGACUUUAAUUUCCAAACAGGCAAAUGCUGACCCAUCUGUCCCUGCGGGUCGGCCAGCUCGGUGCUGGGCGAGGAAGGGCCCUUGCUGGGGCUGGAUGCUGGCACCAGCUGCACCAGGUUUCCUGUCCAGCGGGAUCUGCGGCCGCUGUCUGCUCCGCCCCCACCUCACCCUGCUCCCGCCCCGGUUUCUGGGUGCAGACAGCUACAGGCUGGCUCGCCCACCCAGCCUUUCCGUUCUGAGUUCCAGACCGAGCCCCCGCCCAGCACCGUCUCCUGGACCAGGGCAGAUCUGCGUGCUCUGUCCUGUGUCCAGACCCCGAGACGCUGCUGCUCCCAGAGUGUGGAGGCAGGAGAGCCACACCUUUGUCCCUUCCAUGCCACGUUCCCCUGCCACCCCGCUGCCCUCUCUCUGCCCACCCAGCCACCGAGGAAGGCCCCCCUGCUCAGGGUGCUAAUCCACGCCCGGGCCACCCGUCUGCACUUGUCACGGGCCGGUUCCCACCCCUGAGCCCUUUGUCAACAAGCACACGGAGCUCAGCCACACACUGCAGCUGCUCAGCAACCUUUGAAGUGGGGCCGCAUCAACGGCUUUGAAAUGUGACCAGGUCGUGUCUCUGUGUCUCAAUGGCCCCGGUGACCUGGGCCGGGCGGAGCCUCUCCCUCCUGCGCUGUUGCCUCUGCUCCCCAGGCCAGACCUCGGCCAUCACCUGCAAGAUGCUCCACCCCAAAGUCCUCACCACCUGCUAACAAGUAGUUCGU